GGACAGAGAGACAGAAAGAGAGAGAGAGAGAGACGGGUAGACGGUCGGACGGACAGAGACGGUGGCUGCCGUGGCGUCCUGGUGGAGGAGCAGGCUGAUGGAGAGCGACUGUCGGAUCCCGGUGGCCUGCUGUCGGCCUCGUAUCCUCGCCCUGCACGCUCUCUUCUGGGGCCUCGUGUCCCUCAGAGUGUUCGGAGCGGCUCUGCUGAGUGAAGAGAAGACCACAGCAGCUGUCGUCGCCCCCUGCUGGCUGCUGGAGGAGUUUGUGGUGACGCUCGAGUGUUUCCAGUGCAGCUCCUUCCAGACGAAGUCGUGGCUAGCUUGCACACAGACGGGAUACGUGGAGAAAAUAAACUGCACCAAAACCAGCAAAGAAGAAUACAAGAGCUGCCGCUCCACAGUGAUGGAGGAGCAUCUCUUCUGGAAGUUUGAGGCGGCCAUGUUGGCUCUAACGGCGUUCUUCGCGGUGCUCGUGGUGAUCCGGCAGCGCUGGCUCGACCGGCUCGCCUCCGAGAAGGUCCGGCGCCAGAUCGAGUCCAUCUAGGGGGACCGGGACCUGAACCAGGACCGGAACAAGGACCGGUUUAUAGAGCAGUAUUUAAACAUCACACAGUUUAAAUGUGAUGAUGUGGACUCUGAGCUCCAGCAGGAAACAGGACUGAAGAACCUGCAGACGACUCAACUGUUUGUUUCUUUUCAUUAUGAAUUUUAUUUAAGAAGAAGAAGAAGAAGAGACGCUGAGCUGAUUUCACUUUUUUUAUUUUCCUUCAUCCAGAAUUUAAUUUCUCCGUCAAUAAUCAAUAAUGUGAUCAGCUGAUUGAUCGGAAGAGAUUUUAAACCUGAAGGUGACGUCAUGUUUGAAAAUUAAUUAAAUCACUAAAAACUGAACUGAAGGUUUUUUUUAUCUUUAAAGUUUAAAGUUUUUUUUUUUUAACACGUUUUAAAAAGUUUAGAUUUUAACUCGUUGAAAUGUGAUUUUUGAAGGAAAACUUAAAAAUUGAAACAGCUCAGAGGUGAACUGCAUGAACUCUGCCUUCACCUGAUUGGACGGCCUAAACUAAACAAGUAUUACGUCAUCAUCGGUUCAGCAGCUGAUAGUUAAAUGUCUGAGUGUCAGUGAACGCAGCACCAGGUUGGAUUCUGUAAAUAUGUUUUUUUUUUUUUUUUUUUUUUUUUCUGUUUCAGAUUAAAAAUAAAAACUGAGCCAGAAUAAAAUUUGUUAAAAACGGAAACUUUAAGAGAUAAAAACUUGAUUUUUAUUUCUGAGCUUAAAGAAUAAACUGACUCCCAUCAGGUGA